CAGAAAGAAAAAAAAUGCAGGCAGGGCACUAGACAAAGCACUCGGGACAAAAUUGUAUUGUGUGAAUGUCACUUUUAAAAAAUUAUAAUUUCCCGCCAGUUCCGUCCCCUGUACGUCCCGUACGUCCCGACACUCGCAGGGAACGGAAGACGGAUGGAGGAGGAGGAGAUGGCCGAGAACGCUGCAGGGGGGACAUCGUGGGAGCGAAGGACAAGGUAAGUGCAAGAGGGAAUCCCUGAGCAACGCUGCAGGGUAAUCCCGAGUGUAGCUCGGGUUACCGCUUUUGGCACUGAAA